AUGUCUUCAGUAUCUACGGAAAAGAGCUGUUGGAAGGACUCAGCUGAAGAGGAGCGCCUGUUGCGGGCAGAAAAAGCGGAGUUGCAAUGUACAGAAGACGUGUCGAAACGGACGAGAAGAAAGGGAAGACAGUGGCACGUCUGGGGAUUGUGUGCGAGUAACACGGUCUUUGCGGCCAUCUCACUCUUGCUGGCUAUGGCACAAUACCGACGAGAGGAAUGCUCGGAUCCAUCAAUCACAAUCUACUCUCCGGCGAAGGAGGCGGUCACAUAUGUCCAACAUCGCUACGAAGCUGCACUCGCGAACAAGACUGCCUACAUGGGAUUCCCCGAUGACGAGAUGGACCAACGCUGGCUCGACCUCUACGAUUUCGGCAUCUCAGCCAUUUCCAAAGCAGAAGCCCAACAACUCGCCGACCCAACCAUCGCCAUCCCCGGAACAACAGACAAAUAUCUCGUCCAACUGGAAGUUUUCCACAAUCUCCACUGCUUGAACGAUCUCCGCAAACUCCUCUAUCCCGAACGUUAUCACAUGUUAGAGAAAGCCACCCUAAAAAACGGCACCAUCGAUCGCAACAGUUUCGGUUUUCGCCAUUGGGAUCAUUGCAUAGAUUCCUUGCGUCAAGCACUCAUGUGUAAUGCCGAUAUUUCUCCUACUUCUUUUCACGUCAAUAUUCCUUUUAGUCGCGGUUUCUUCCCCCGCCUCACAACCACGCACACCUGCAAAGACUACUCUCGCAUCCAAGAAUGGGGCCACGCACACCAAGCUCCACCCCACAAUUUCAUGAUCAACGACACGGAAACUCUGCAGCAAAUCAUCGACGAGUCCGGUUUUGAUCACUCUCCAGAAGAAAACGUCCAAGGCCUGUAUUGGAUGUUUCCCGGAGAUUUGUUUUUUAAAUAUUGGAGAGAACAUCCGUUUGAGGGCGAGAGGGAGAGGAAACAGUUGUUUCCUAGUUUUAGGCAUACUUUUUUGGAUUAG